AUGUCCAGCCAAAACCCAUUCAUUGCUGCCGGUUGCAAGGGAGCCAAGGACGGACUAUGCAACCUGAACGAAUUCAUCGAGUACAUCUCCAAAGAACCACUGAAGGGCGUCGCCGUCACCACUGAAGAGUUCCCCGACGUUGAAAGCGCUGUGGUCCAGGACGCUAAGAAAGACUAUGCCGUUCUCGUCAGGAAAGUCGGCGAGAAGGUUACCGGCAAGCUGGACGCGACUCCCAUUAACAAGGCAGAGCUCGAGCUCUUCCAGCAGUCCGGAAAGAAGGCCUUCAUUGCCAUGGAUGCCGUGUUGAAGGAGCGCGGGAAGGCUGCCAUCGAGAAGUUGCGCCAACAGUCCCAGGGCCGGUGGCCGGAGAGACCACAGCUCUCAAGGUCGUCACCAAGCUCGACGAGCAAGGAAAAACUGCAGCAUGCGAUCGGGUCGUCGACGGCGGAGUGGGCGGCGCUGAUUGAGGUGCAGAGGCGCAAGGAAGCGCCGGAGCAGCCGGCUGCGGAGGAGGAGCCGAAGCGCGAGCUGCCCCGUUCGGCCGCCGCGUUCCGCGCCCAGCUCGCAGCCGCCGCCGCUUCAGUGGCCGGCGGCAUACAUGAACUAAAUCUAAGGAAGUAA